AGAAAAACACAUAACCGGAAGUGUUGUUCCAGUUAGCGGAAACGAGGCAUUUAGACUUAGGGAAGCAGUUGGAGGAGAAAAAUAUUUUCUUUCUGUAAUAAAACCUGCCCAGUGCGGUGUUAAACACACACUGGAGCAGCAACACUGCAACCAAUGGACCCUCGGAGUGUAAUUUUGACUCUGCGGUGCGUCCGUCGAUAGCGCACACCGGCGCCGAGUUGCCGGGGCCGGGAACCAGAACCAGGCCCGGGGGCAGACGGACGGGCACAACCCAGCACUGUGCUCAACGACACCGGCGGAGUGUGUGCGGAGGAAUUGGCAUGCUGUCGGUAAGGGGAAGAGUAGCACCGUGUCUGUAGCCAGGCAGCCAGUCCCCCCCCCCGGUAAACGCUUGAAGCUCGAAGCAUGGGACUUACCGCCAGCUAACGUUAACGGAGUUAACGGUCAACUUUUCCUCUUCUAGCUAACAAAACAACAAGUAUGAACGCUGGAGCCGAGUUAAAGUGAAAGAAGAGGGGUUACUAUACAUCACCUAACAUUUGCCGUUUGUUUAAAAGGCCUGAUAAAUGUUUCUGGAGCGAGUAUAACAGCGUAGCUACGUCGUUAGCCGCUACGUUUAGCCUGCCUCCCAAUCGCCCCCCUCCCCUCAAAUGAAAGAAUAUAAAGUUGUCGUGCUGGGCAGCGGCGGCGUCGGCAAGUCCGCGCUGACCGUCCAGUUUGUCACCGGCACCUUCAUCGAGAAAUACGACCCGACCAUCGAGGACUUCUACCGCAAGGAGAUCGAGGUGGACUCGUCGCCCUCCGUGCUGGAGAUCCUGGACACGGCGGGGACGGAACAGUUCGCCUCCAUGAGAGACUUGUACAUCAAGAACGGGCAGGGCUUCAUCCUGGUCUACAGCCUGGUCAACCAGCAGUCCUUCCAGGACAUAAGGCCAAUGCGAGACCAAAUAGUGCGAGUGAAGCGCUUCGAGAAGGUGCCGUUGAUCCUGGUGGGGAACAAAGUCGACCUGGAGUCUGAGCGUGAGGUCGCAGGGUCAGACGGGCGAGCUCUGGCUCAAGAGUGGGGCUGCCCUUUUAUUGAAACUUCUGCCAAGAGCAAGACCAUGGUGGAUGAGCUGUUCGCCGAGAUAGUCCGACAGAUGAAUUAUUCCACGCUGCCGGAAAAGCAGGAACAGUGCUGCACAGCCUGUGUGGUACAGUGAAGAAGAGAUGCAGCAUCUGUCUGGAUCUCCACAAGCAUUUUGAUGAACCAUGAACAACCAAACUUUUGACCUUACUGACAAAACUUCACCGUAGCUGAAGGUGAAGCUUCUGACUUUCUGUCACAGAGCGUCUGACUGGAAAGACGUCGGUCCUAUUUUUGAUAUCAUAACUGUUAGAGACGUUUUCUGCUGCAACCUUAACGGCCUUUGCGAUGUCCCAGGAUGGAGCUGUUCUUCAGAAGACAGACUGACUUGGAGCGAGCUCGGACGGCCAUCUGUGAAUUUCAGUCUCUCUCUCUUUAUUUUUUUUUUUUUCCUCCUUUUAGUCGGAAGUAUCCCUGAAGUAAUAAGCAAGAGUGUUUGUGAGGUUGCAGCUUCUUUUUAAAGCUGCUUUAAGCACUAUUAUAUACUUUAUUAUUAAUUGUAUUAUGUCUCAAGUUUGGAGUUUGAAAAAGUAUUUGAUAAUAUUGACAGAUUUUUACUUUUAAGCACGCAUACUUAAGGAGCCCAUGAGCAGCCAGUUUGUUGCUGCCCAGGUGUACUGCUCAUUUUAUUUAGGAAAAAAAAAGCUUUUUAGCUUGAGGAAACUUGAUUAAACCUGUGACAUUUUCAUUAAGGGAUGGUCAUUUUAUCCACCCAGCGGCAUAAAUUUCAAGAAUUUCCUCUUCUUUUAAUCGCAGUAGCCUGAGGCAGCUUAACUCAUCCAUAAAUAUGCAUGCUCAAAAUUGAAAAUGUCCUACUAAAUCAACUUGAAGUGAUAAGAAGAGCCAUUUUACUGUUUUUAGCCUGAAUUCUGUCAAAACAUCAGAAACAUUAUCGCUGUGCUGUACAAGGCAUGAACCAUGCAGAGGCAGGUCUUCCAAUUUCCCGUUUUCUUGAGGAGUCUCUGUCGGAGAAUGAUUUUGGAACGACCGAAUGGAAGCUCUCAGUGCAUAUUUGUGUUUGACUACAUGAUGUGUGUUGCUUUAAAUCCAGGAGAUGCUGAUACGUGUCAUCAAAUAACUCCAGCUGCAAUGUGGUUUGAUAAAAGUUCUGGCACAGUUACGCAGAUUUAACAUUGUAUUAUUAUUUUUUCUCUCAUAGUAACCUAUUUAUUAAAAACUAAUGACAUGGGUAGCCAGUUUUAAACAUUUAAUUUUAUACUAGGUUUUCGCUUUUUGUGACUUUUCAGGAUAUAUGGUAUAUUGUUUUUUUGUUUUUUUUUAAGCUGAGAAUUUAACAGAGCCUUAAAUAAUUUCUGUUGCACCCUCGUCUCACGUUUCUUUUUUCUCUCUAAGAUAAAACAACUGUCAACAUCUGGUAAUAAACUCGCUGGCCUUUCCGCUUUCAUCAUGAGACACAGUUAAAGUAUCUUUAAUUGACACACCGCCAGUUCUGUGUUUCCCUCGAUCUGAUCAUUUCUCAUUUCUUUCUCAUGUUUUCUGUCUAGUCCUCUGUAGCAACAGAGACUUUGGUGGUCGUACGGUAGCCUUGUCUUCUUGUUCAUGCUGCUGUGAAACAUGUUAAAACUUUUGUUAAACUGGCAACAGUCACAUAAGACUUUUGUGCCUGUUUCGACCAGUUUUGUAAAAGCCCUUGUAGAGCUGAAAUGGUUAGACAAUUGGCACAACUGUUUUUAAUAUUCGAUUUAUUGUUUAAGUUCAAUUAUUAAGCAAAUAUUCUUGAAUAAUACUUUGGUUUCAGCCUUUCA